AUGGAGCAGCUCGCGCGCACCCUCUCUCUACCUCGAUAUCGGGUGUACUACCUCACGGCCGAAGAGAUGCACUUCAAGAUCACGGUCACUCUCCGUGCAUCAAGGGUGGAGAGGUGGACCCGCACCGUCAAGAGGGAUUUUCUCGACGCCGCACCAAUCAAGUUUGUGGGCUUGGACUGCGAGUUCACCAACCCUCGCGAGGGUACAUAUAAUCAGCGCGCCGCCGUCCUUCAACUCUCGGUGGCGACCGAGAAUUUGGUCUUCCAAAUUUGUUGGGCUGAUGAAGUGCCACAACUUCUCAAGGAUUUUUUGCAGGACAAGACAUUCAGAUUCUGCGGCGCGGCUACCGACAAAGAUGGGAAAAUGUUGCGUUCAUGCCAAAUUGAUAUUCCGUCUGCGUUCGACCUCCAAAAGAUAAUCCCGAACCCCACCAAAAAUCCCAUUCCGAGUCUUGGCGAUCUGUUUGCCGCCACGCCGGGUUUCCGGUUCUACCCCACGGAGGACGAGCUUCUGGGCUUCUAUCUCCGUCACCACCUCGCCGGCACCACCGGGCCGAACGUCCACCGCUUUAUCCCCGUCGUCGACGUCUACAGCCACCACCCUUCCCACCUCCCAACUAUGGCGGGGGAGGCGAAUGUGCGCGACGCGGAGCAGUGGUUCUUCUUCUGCCCGCGCGCGGAGAGAGAGAUGCGCGGCGGCCGGCCGGCGCGCACCACGCCGUCGGGUUACUGGAAGGCCACGGGCUCUCCGUCCUACGUCUUCUCCUCCUGUUCGGCAAGCAGCAAGGUCAUCGGGGUCAAGAGGACCAUGGUCUUCUACCAGGGCCGCGCGCCCGCGGGCUGCAAGACCACGUGGAAGAUGAACGAGUACAAGGCCGUCGCCGACGACGAAGAAGACGACCGCAACGCGACGGCCGGACAACAGACAGCGGCACCUCUCAGGCUGAGGAAUGAAUUCAGCGUCUGCCGGGUGUACAUCAGCACGGGGACGCUGAGAUCCUUCGAUCGCCGGCCCCUCAAUACUCCCGGCAAUGGUCAAACGGCGGCCCGGCAGCAUGCACCGCCGGUGGCGACCGCCAAUCUCGCCAACGACCGCGUCACUGCAAAUACCGGACAAGUCAAUACCACUCAGGACUGGACAUCGCUGAGUGCCACUGCUAUUGACAAUUUCAGCUUCGACAUGGAUUUCAAUCAAAUCUAG